UUUUUGCCCCACUGUAUAGAACACAAGAAAAUCACACUUUGGACUGCACUGGGCCUUUAACAAACUUGUACAAUGGUUAAAUAAACCUGGAACAAACAUAUUAUUGUGGUUUUUCGGAUAAAUCCAAAGGCUACAAUGUAUAAAGGACGAUAAAGACAGAUUAAUUACUGUAUAGUGCUACUGGUCAAGCAUGUGCCUUGUGGAGUCUUUCUAAGUUUUAUUUAUGUUUUGCUAAGGGUUCCUUCUUCAUUCUCAGUAUACACCGUCUUUGUCAGGUAGAUCUGAUUGGUCAGUGGUGAGGUUGUGGUGUUAGCCUUUAUUUAACUAAGGCAAUAGACACUGAUAUGUGCACAGUCUGCACACACAUGUAUCUACAUUCUGUGUGAUAUUUUAAAGAAGUACAUUCAAGCAAAACAAUACUUUAAUGUAUGACAACUUGAUUACUAUGACCUGUGUGAAAGCAUGUAUGUAUAGGCAUCCACUGUAUGUGCUUAAGGGUGCAAGGAGUGGCAACAUAAUAUACUGUUGACAGGUAGCUAGAGAAGAACUACAUCUAAUUACUAAUAGUAAUGUGGAGAGAGAGAGCGAGAGAGAGAGAGAUGUGUGCAACAUCACACGUGUUGGCUCCAGGCAUGACGCCUGCUGUAUAACUCUAAAUUACUGUCCCAGAAUAAUGGGCCAGCUUUGUUAGAAUAGAAUGGUCAGAUGUGAGCUCAACAUUUAUGAUAAUAGAUUUUUGGAACGAUUUGUAGAUGAAUUGUUUUGAUUUAUUUUUAUUCUACAAUUUUUGGUUGCAUAUUCCUCUAUACUAAACAUGAAUAGUUCUAUGAAUUAGCUAAUAGUUUCUUUGUUUUUUGCAUAGUGGAAAUCCCAGUGGGCAUAUAGACUCACACUUUGCUCAUAGCUUCUAUACACAUGCAGAGACAGGCCAAAACCAGUCAAAACCAAUGAUCUUUCUAUAGAAGGGUGUGAGAGUGAGAAUAUGCUGUUUAUAUGAAUCUUAACUGAUUCAUUUAUAUACAGUACAGUUGCUCCUUGUGUUAGAUACAACUACUUAUAUUGUCUUUAUUUAUUUAUAUUUGACAUGGUUUUGGAACCAUGAAUGGCCAUGUGUCUUCUGAAAACCAGAUAUAACAAAUGUCACUAAGCAGUGUUGAACUUUAUUAGCAUACAGGCCUAGUGAUCUGGAUCAACUAUUGAACUUUGGCAUAGAUUAAUGUUAAUGUUAAUGUUCCUAAUUACACAGUUAUAUUUGUUUCUGGUAAUGUCAUAUUCCAGAGGUUUCAAGCCAGCAGUGAUUCCAUUAUUGUGCCAUGCCUGUGGCACAUUUUUUGUAUUUUUAACCCUAGUGGCCUCUUAAGUGGCAGACUAAGUAGGAACUGGCUAUGACUUAGUUGACUAGUGGAUCCUGGCACACCAUUUGCGAACCACUCAGACUAGUGCUUAAAUACUUAACACCAAAAGUUGGUAGGGGGAUGGACAAUCUGUUUAAAAAUGCUGCUACAUUUUGGGAUUUAUCUUUUCAUAUGCUCUGUUUGUAAUGGAACAGUGGUGUCAAUUGUAUUCCGUGUUCUCAGAACAAAUUAUGUUUUAUACUAGAUGAGCGGAACUAAAGAUGAAACGUUAGUUAGCCGUGAGCGAGUUUCAGUUUGGAGACUAGUAACCCACCAGCAGAAAGGGUCCUUUGUGAGACAGAGAUGUUGACGUCAAAUGAACCCUGUGAAGACAUAAAUUCUCAGUUUAACUAGAACAACACAGGGAGGAUGAGCCCUGGUAUCCUCCCCCUGUCUCCUAACUUACAUAACUCAUGAGGGGUUUUUCUUUAAUAAGUUCAACUGACCAAGUCUGUCCUCUUAUUUUCAUGUUAGCCCUGUGUCCACACAGUUGACUGACCAGAACAAGGGAAUAUCUGAUACAUACUAUCAUACAAAUGACAAUAUGUUGGAGAUGCUUGAAUACAGCCAUUACCAGGUACAGACCCAUCUGGAGAACCCCACCAAGUACCACAUCCAGCAGGCCCAGAGGAAGCAGGUGAGGCAGUACCUGUCCACAACCCUUGGGGGUAAGCCUGGCAGCCAGGCCGGAAGCCUGCAGUGCCCCAGCCAGCCCCCGGAGCACGGGAUGCCCCCCGGCCCAGGCAGCAGUGCCCCCAACAGCCCCAUGGCCCUGCUGACCCUCAGCUCCAACUGCGAGAAGGAGAUGGAUGAUGUCAUCGAUGACAUUAUUAGCUUGGAAACAAGUUAUAAUGAGGAUAUUUUUGGACUUAUGGACCCAGGACUCCAGGUUACUAAUACACUCCCUGUAUCUGGUAACCUUCUGGACAUGUAUGGGAAUCAAGGGCUUCCCCCAAAUGGACUUGCCAUCAGUAACUCCUGCCCUGGUAGCUUAUCCAACAUCAAAAGGGAAUUCUCAGCUCCUGGCAUGAUGCACGUACUGGACAAUACUGGAUCCUAUGGCCAGUUUGACAACUACCAAAGGCCCGAGGGCUUUCCAGUUGCUGAGGUUCGAGCGAUGGCCAAGGAGAGACAAAAAAAGGACAACCACAACUUAAUUGAACGAAGGAGAAGGUUCAACAUCAACGAUCGAAUCAAAGAGCUUGGAACCCUGAUUCCUAAGUCUAAUGAUCCGGACAUGCGCUGGAAUAAGGGCACCAUUCUGAAGGCCUCAGUGGACUACAUCAGGAAGCUGCAGAGGGAGCAGCAGAGAGCCAAGGAGGUGGAGCUUAGACAGAGAAGGCUGGAGCAUGCCAACCGCCAUCUGAUGCUGCGCAUACAGGAGUUGGAGAUGCAGGCGCGGGCUCAUGGUCUUGCAAUUCUGCCGUCGUCUUCCCUCUGCUCCUCUGAGCUGAUAGCCCGAGCCAUCAAGCAGGAGCCCAUCUUAGGAGACUGUCCCUCAGACCUGUACCAGCUGCCAGGUCCCGACAUGUCCCCUCCCACCACACUGGACCUCAACAACGGUACCAUCCACUUUAACGACAGCCCUGUGGAUGCAGGUGACCCAGGGGCAUAUGGCUCCAGCAAAGCAUCCACUAAACUGAAGGACAUUCUAAUGGACAACACCCUGUCGCCCAUAUCAUCCAAUGACCCCCUUCUGUCCUCAGCUUCCCCAGACACCUCCAACAGCAGCAGCAGGCGUAGCAGCAGCUCAAGCAUGGAGGAGAAUGAUCAUGGUUGUUAGCACUGCCCACAAGCUCAAAUCACACUGACAUUUUAUAAAGUAGCAUUGUUAUUACUGGAGCCAACGCUAGGUGCUGCUAUGGCCUAUUCCUUGAGAUAAAGACAGUGGGAUUUUCCCUCCCAUUGUGUUCAGAAGUUUUGUCUUUUGUUUUUGUUUGUUUUACAAUAUUGUGUCUCCUUCUGGAAUCAAAUCUGGUUGUUCAGAUUAGGCUACCCUGCCUAAGGUGACUGCUGAGAUUUCACUGUACUGUAGCGUUCACUUUUCAUGUGAAUUAUUUGACAGGAAGUGCACAAUAACAUGGCAAUAAUGUAUUUUAUGUGUAAUAUUUCUAUAUUUUUUUCAUAUCAUGACCAUUUGUUGAAUUAGUUUAAAACAUUUGUUUUGUGAGACAUCAUAGAGAAAUAUAUAUUUAGUUGAAUACUUAAAUUAACCGAUAAUAACAUUUCACCAAGAUUUUAAGAUGAGAUAAGACACAUUUUUACCCUUAAAUUUAGAAGCAAUGGUUUGAAACCUACAACAUUAUUUGCGACUAGAAACAACUUUCAGGAACAAUGAAUACAAUUUCAAUGAAUACAACCUGUUGAUGAAUUUUGUUUCCGACGUGGUGAUAUCUAAAGUGAAGAUAUUUGUACAAAACACUGUAAAUAUACAUAUUUUGUGAUUUAGUUUUUUGAAGUAGGCCUUUAAUUAAGUAUUAAAUUGAAAGUGAAUUCA